GAGUGCACAGGAAUGCGAGGAAUCGAGUCUCACGUCCGAGAGCAGCAAGCUAGAGCCAAAGGUGGUGGUGGUGGCUGAGAGAGAGAGCGUCGUGCUCCGAUGUCAGCCGAAGCAGAGAGAGAGACCAAUUUCGUAGAGAUGUCGAGGUGACCACGCAAUGUGGCGUGCAAAGGGAGAAUCAGUCACAUUUGCGCCUUCGCCCCCGACAGGACGCACCCGGUACCCGUCCCGUCACCGUCUUCGAGCGCGAUCGAGCACAAAAUUCAAGAUUCUUUGCUGUUUAUGUUGUUGGUUUUAUUUAUUUUUUUUUUAAUUCGCACAACACAAACUCAAAGCGAAAGUUAUAUAAUUCAUUUUUUUUUGACUGUGAAAAACCAAGGAAAUUUUCGGCAUUUUUGGAUAUCAGAUAUAGGAGUUAUACAAACGACCAGAAAAAGAUCCACAUCCACACACACACACACACACACACCCGAUCUACGACUUAUAUCGAGAGAUAUCGCAGCUGUCAAGAUGCUCAAGUGGGCUGUGAACCAGCCCCGACCCUCGUAUCUGGCCAAGGAGCUGCCAGGGGGAGCCGCCACCAACCCCAUGGCAUCAGCAGCAGCAGCAGCAACGGGAGCAGGAUGUGCAGCAGGAUCAGGAUCAGGGGCAAGCAGCUACAGCGAAUUCCAUGCGCUGCGGGGAAAGCUCAAGCGCAAGUCCCUCUGCCUGGCCCUCGCCCACGGACAGGGGAAGGAGAACCAGCUGACCUCGACGCCACUGCCCGCCAGCUCCCUGUCCAUGCAACCACGGACACCGCUGCUCAAGGACCUCAGCAACAUCAUGUCCUCGCCCCUGACUACACCCACGCCCACACUCCGCCCACCCGCAGCGGCAGCAGCAGCAGCACCCUCCGCCUACGCCUCCACGCUGCCGACCUUCGAGGCGGAGUACUCCCCGAGUGCGGCCAUCAUCCCGGGUCCCCUGCUCGCACUCCGCGGCAUGGGCAUCCCCGACAGCUACUUCGAGAAGCCGCGCUACCUGGAGCAGAAGCCCCUGCCACUGCCCCUGCCUCUGCCCCAAGCCUCUGCCAUGAAGAGCGGCCAGACAACGCUCAGCUCCACCCAGAUGGGAGACGUGACCCUGGAGCGGAUGAUCGAUGCCAUUCUGGAGAGCACCCGCAAGGCGCCGGCCCCCAGGCAGCAGCGUCAACGUCAACGUCUGCGCCAGCGACACAGACACCACCCCCUGAGCAGCACCACCUCCGCUGACGCCGCCACCCACUCGCCCACCUACCGACCCGCCUUCGACCCAGCCAGCGACCUCUGCGAGUACUGGAAGUCACCCCACGCGAGUGGCUACGAGGAGCGGGAGGUGCGCUCGCCCCAGCCGGCGGCGGAGCUGCCAGCUACCGUCGAGAGCCAGUCCCAGGGGAAGAGGCGAUCACUGCAGCUGCGGAGGCAGCGCGUGGUGCGGCGCAAGCGGAAGAUCGCCACCAGAAUCUCCUCCAGCGUACGCCAGUCGGCCCAGAAACUCCUGGCUGCGGCUCGCUCCGGCCAGAAGAUCCGCCACAUCAGCCCCGACAGCGGCCACAACUCGACCAGCGAUUGCGACUUUGAGGAGGAAGUGGACUCGCUGUCAUCGCUGGGCGCCUGUGGGGGCCUGGGGCUGGGACUGGGACUGGGACUGGAUGCAGCAACCAAGCGGCGGCUGAGCUUCUCCUUCCAGGAGGAUCUGUUCGUGGAGAAGUGAGAGAAUGCGACUCGGACGAGAAUCAUCUUUGGCUGUCGACAAAUUUAUUUUUCUUCCACUUUUUUCGUUACAUUUUGAAGUUGAAGGAACAUUUUUUGUUUAAAAAUUAGCAGAAUGUGGCUAAAAGCGCAGACUUGCCUUGGUAUCCAUAUCCAUAUACAUAUAUCCCGAAGAUAAUGAUGUGUUGAAACUGAUUUUAUAAUUGAUUAAGAUUUUUUUUUGGAAAUAAAACA